GUGUUGUCCUCUGUGGGUGGCUGUGACCAAGACAAUCUCGGCGGUUUCCUAUUGGAAACGGACAGUUUCACUCGGUACCUCGUACGAAUCGGACGCGUUUCGAAAGCCCGUUCUGGGAUCCCAGUUUUCUUUUCCAAUUGUUCGGAUUCUGUGUGAAGGAUUAAUAUUCAUUCUGAUGCAGUUAUUGUGAACGUGAAUUUUACGUUUGGUGGCUUCCACGGAUCACUGCGUAACGAUAGCGUUUCAUUUCUAACCUCGUUGCGGGCCAACCAUGUGUUCCGGAUUCUUCUCAAAGAAUGAUGAUUGUGUGGAAAUAGUGCAUCUAGCGUUUGGUGUAGUGUCGAACUAUUUUUUCGGGGCACAUCGUGCCGGAGGGUUUUUAUUUGUCUAGGUGGAUCUCCGUUUUAAUUCCGCCGGCGAGUUAAUGCCGUGUGUCGGGAAAAGUUAUGAUUAUUAUAGUGCGACAGCGACAGCCUGCGGUUUGUUGGGAGCUUCAUGCAGUGAUUUCUUGCAAUUGAUGGUGUGUGAACAGCAGUCUAGCAGCUAGGCUAGAUAAUCUGGGUCAAAAAGCAGACCAGUCACACGUAGUCACCUGAAAAAUAAAACAAAAGAAAACGACUUGACAGACCGACGACGGGUGGCACUUGCGGAAGUUUAUGGGUAGUGUGCUCAUUAUUUUCGUUUUUAUCGCGGCCGAAAAUCGUUCCGCUUCUCAAGAAAUAGGUUCCUGUUUCUGCCGUAUUUCCGUGAGAAAGAAAAUUAGUGUAAAACCGGAACCUAACCGACCAGUAUACACUCGAGUUCGGGAUCGGGAGAAGCAGUAACUUAAGAAAAUUGGAUAAUUGAUCAGUGGGAACGACAGCGAGCGUGGUCGAGUGUGAAGUGAAAGAAAAGUUUGAGGCGCCGUUGGCGUUGGAAUAAUAAGUGAAAUAAUACUGGAGCGCGAAAAACCGAACGGUCAUGGAUUUAAAUUAACAUAGAACGGACGGUACAGUGAAAACCGGAAACAGUGUACGAAUGCUCUUAGAUUUCAGUGUCGAUAGCUGGAUUGCAGUUCAUCCUUUCAAACGAUGAGUGCUCCAGUUUUUAACAGAAAUCAACAAAGAUAAAACAACGGUACAUCGGUAUCGAUGGUAAUUCAGAAAUUGAUUCACCGCCAAAAUCCCAGAGAAAACCGCAGUCAUUCAUUCUGACGGUAGCCACCCGGGAUGCGUAAAUAAGUGGCAGAUUAUCAAUGGAUCAUUAGUGAUUUCAGAGUUCUGACACGAAAUGGACCAUCAUAAUGAGACCGUUCACACGUGUACCCUGUAUUCGAAUGGAUCGAGUGUAUAUUACUUUCAAUUGAGGUGAAGAUAAACGCUGACAACGAGGUGUUAACGGGGCUUUGGGCCGUUAAUUAUUCUGUAAAAUUGCCCCCGGGGCUUUAUGGCAUCGGCUCACGUAAAAUUGCAUAAUAAACACAUCAAUUAAACCAGAAUCAGAUUGGCGAUUUGGAUGGAAAAUUCGUUGAAAAGUGUACGACACGUAAAAAAACGUAGCUAUCCGAUCCGGUCCAUAUGCUGGCCAUUCUCAAAGCCCAAUGUAUACUAUCAUUUGAAUAGCGCCUUUUGUUCGUAAUCAAACAACAUCACGUGGGUGGAGCGCAAUUCGGGAAAAUACAAAUAACAGCAAAUUGAAGCCCACUCGCAACGAAGGAAAGUUAAUUAAAAGCGUUGCGAUGCGAUUCAGGAUGAAACCCGGUUGCCUUUUUGGAAGUGUGCACCGGCUGCCAUCGAAGGCUCGGUGCUGCCACGGAGAGGAACGCAACCUGACACUGACGGCCUGGCUGCUAAUUGGAGUGUGUGUCGUCAUACCAGUGAUAGAUGCUCUGCGAGACGUCCAAGUCACAGUACCGCAGGCAGUUCGGAGAGGGGAUAACGCUAUGCUGUACUGCCACUACGACAUGGACGGCGAAAAUCUGUACUCGGUCAAGUGGUACAAAGGACGGCGGGAGUUCUACCGGUACACACCGAAAGAGAAUCCAGCGAUGAAAGUCUUCCCGGUGGCGGGAGUGCAAGUGAAGCGGGCAGCCUCCAACGAAAGCCAACUGAUGCUGGUCGGGCUAAACAUGAUGGCAUCGGGCAAGUACAGCUGCGAGGUGUCAGCUGAUGCACCGUCCUUCCACACAAUGAUUGUCACGGGUGAUUUGGAAGUUUGCGAAGUUCCGAAGCACGUGCCAUUCAUUCACGGGAUCCGGCCACGGUACCGAGUGGGGGACAUCGUACGAGGUAAUUGCACCUCGGCCCAUUCACGGCCGGCCGCAAACCUGACGUGGUUUGUCAACGAAGUGCAGGCUAAUCCGUCGCACAUUCGAAUUCACAAGCCAUCCAGAGACCACAAAACCGAUUUGGAAACUUCCGUCAUUGGGUUGCACUUUGUGGUGAGCAAUCAUCACUUCCAGAACGGAAAGCUGAAGAUUCGCUGUUCGGCCCGCAUCCACGAGAUCUACAUGCAAUCGACGGAGAAAUCCAUCGACGAGGAACGACCCAGAGUCAUUUCGGCGGCAUCCUCCUCGUCGUCCUCGUCGUCGGCAUCCUCGCCCAACAGCAAUAGCAACAGCAACAGCAUCAACCUGAUACAGAACAUCCCGUACGACCAGUUCUCCCAGCUGGACAACGAGCUGGACCGGAAAGACUACAUGACACACCUACAGGGGGACAUGUCAUCAUCGUCGGGAAGUGCGUCCUCACCGACACGCUCGGUGCCAUCAAUCAGCUCAACCCGAUUCCUGACGGUGCUAGUGGAGGCUACCGGACUGCUAAUAGUUUUUCACCAUUUGCUCAAAUUUGACACGAUUUCCAUAACAUGAUUCCGUGAUGUGCAUUAGUGAUGUGAUUUCGGUUCAACUUUUCCUCCUAGCUCUCGAGUCGCAAGUCGAGGUUUUUCUCUCGAAUUUUAUUUGUUUCUUGUUGCGCUUUUUUUUCUGUUGGGUUGUUUGGUACCUAUCGGACAUAUUCUCAUCCGCGCGUAAAGAAAGUGUGACUCAUCGCACUUCGUGAGGCGAAAGACAAUUUUCUUCGACCCGAAGAGUAACGCUCGUCUGACGCGCAGCGAAACAGCAGAGCAGCACGCGGCAAAUGGUGCGAAUCUCUGCUGAAGAAAGUAGGUGAUGAUGACAGCGAUGACGCAGACUAAUGAUUGCUGGACGAAUGCGUGGAAAGUGUGCGAAAUUUUUGUGAUCGUUGUGGAAUUAACUGACGUGUAUUUAGCGAAUAAAAAAUUGAAAAUCUUAGUCGGUUAGAUAAAAUGUAUAUUUUAUUGUGGAAAAGACAUUAUUUAUUAAUUGGGGAAUUGUCGGUAGGUAAUGUAGGCGAUGUUGUUCUCUGUGAAUACAGCCAGGAGAGGUCUUGCUUGCUUAUAUGCGUAACUCUAAUGCAUUCUCCACAUCAACAUCAUUAUGAUCCUGAAUAUGUAAUUUUUGUCAGCAUAUGUUCAUAGUAAUGAUACUGGUUCAUUUUCAUACGUUAUAUGCACAAUAGAAAUUGUACUUCAUCAUUUGUUUUCAUGAAAUAUUUUCCUCAAGCGACAAUGAUUGGCAGUAAAGUGCGCAUCUAUACCAAAUAAAGAUCGAUAUCAACUAGUGCUAUGGUGCAAAGAGCACAUAAAAAACUCCAAAAAUAUUUGCAGGAUUUGGUUAUGAAGAAAUUUAACAAUCGUGCAUGCAAUCGACAGGAGGUUUUAAAAUUCAUUCGUUUGUGAUAUCUUAAAGACGCAUUAAUCUUCUAAACAAAGCUUAAAAACAAGACAUCUCUAAAAAACUUUUUGAAACCACUAAAAAAUAUACUUUAGACUGUAUCUUAAAAACGUUUUUCAAGCAGUAACGAACAAAACAAUUAAUUCUAAACUAUAGAAGCAAAUUUAACCAGUUCUAUUGAUUCUAAUGGACAGUGGUUCGGGAGGCAGGGGCAUAGCCAGGUGGGGGUUGGUUUGUGGGUGGAAUCUGCCCCUUUGGCUUUCUCUCCUCCUUGUAGCUGUCGCAUUAGUUUCUAGAAUAAUUUUUACCGAGUUGUUCACCACACCCAGCUCACCGAAGCCGCCGAAAUUGCACUGAACGAACAAUGGGUGGUUCUCAUGACCGCCGAGAGUGGAGGGGGACGGAGUGUUUCCCCCCGGGCCUAGAGUUGUGGAGGGGGCCCGAAACUUAAGGAGGAACGAUUCUGCCAAAUAUUAUUUCAAUAAUAAUUUAUGUGAAAAUUCAAUUAAAGUUUCAAUACUGAUAUGAUUUAAUUUCCUCCAAUUUCUAUGAUAAAGUUAAGCGCACAUUACAUUAUAAAGUUUAUGCUGUAUGAAAGACUAAUCAAAAGAAAACUUCGAAGUCAAAAGCGAUUUUACGCGCAGUGGGCAAAAAGACAUAAGAUCUUUUAUUGUUAAUUGUGUAUUAAAAGACUGAAAUUUAUUUUCUAUUUCAUACUUUACAACAAUUAUCUCAUGGAUUUUGACCAACUAGAUAAAAAAUUAAGUUAGUUAAAGUUGAAAGUUCUGGGCUCUUUAAGUUAAUUUUCAUUCGAAGCUUUCAAUCUGUGGAUAGGUUUCAACAAAACAGUGGUUUUUAAAUCAUUAGUUCAAUUGCGAUUUUUUAUCUUUUCAGGACGAUAUGUGGCUUCUAUUUCUACCUAUUUCAAUCCAUCGUGGGCUAAAUGAAUUACAAAAGAAUAUAUUACAAAGAAAAACAAAAUUCACCAACUUUCUUUGAGAAUGUUCAACUGGUCAAAUAGGAUUUGUGAAACGAGUUUUGAAUAACUCAACAAAUCAAGAAAGAACAUGGAAAUCCACGAAGAAAACGGUCCGUAGUAAUUUUUCGGAUUCACUUAUCAUUUAAAUUCGAAAACCCGAAAGUUUUUGUCAUCUUUAACUAUCUCAGUUUAAAUGAUUUUUUCCAUUUCUUAUCAUUUUUCAUAUUUACUUUUUUAUUUCUUUUUCCAUUUAAUCUAGGUUUUGUUUUCUUUCUAUU